UUCAUCAUCGCCCAGCUACCUCCAGCUAGCCGUCGUGGACGUCCCUCCCGCUAUCCGCUCAUGCCUCGUUACUAGACGGGGGCUUAGCUACGCCCUCCUUGAUUAGUGCAAACUCGUCUGUUCUAGCACCCGUUGGGCAUUCACUGCACCGUGUAUAUACUUUGCUGGAUACCGGAGAUCCAACACUGCGUACGGGUUUGCGCCCGGCCAAUUUCUCUGCACCCAUUCGCAUCCGCCGAUCUCUGCUACGGGCCGUGUCGUUGCUCAGGAUAUUGGAUAACAAGCUAGAUACGUCCUGAUUUACUCCUCUCUUCGUGUCAACAUGCCCGCGGAUUAUUCAUCCACCGCCCGGGCGCUUUCCGUCUCAACGUCGUCCCCCGAACCUUUGUCCCCGUCAGAGGACGAUGCCUAUCCGCCUUGGAGCCGGCGAGCACCUGGCAGGCGGAACUCCGCCAGUCUUUCCGGCGGGCGAACCGCUACUCUCCGGGAUCAACUCAUAGACCGAGGGACUCAGAUGUUGCACCGCAUUCGGGAAGCAUGGCGCAAGAUGAAUUUUUGGCAAAGAGUCGGGGCGGUGGCCGCUAUCCUAUUGGCCAAUCUUCUUGGAAUCGGCUUUCUGGUCUUCACCGGCAAGGUGUUUAUUUGGAUUCAGCCCGUUGCUGCACAAUGGGAGAAGUCUUCUCUAGCGUACUUUGUUCUGUGGUUGUGUGUGUUCUUUGUCUCCUUUCCGCCCUUGGUUGGAUGGUCCACCUUUGGAACUGUCGCGGGAUACCUCUUUGGAGUCUGGAAGGGAUGGCUUCUUUAUGCUUCGGCGACCGUCCUCGGGUCGACUUGCUCUUUCAUUGUGUCUCGGACGAUUCUGUCCAAAUUUGUCCGCCGCCUGACGGAACGCGAUACCCGAUUCGCGGCUCUGUCGUUGACACUCAAGUAUGAUGGGCUCAAACUGCUGUGUAUGAUCCGCCUGUGCCCUCUGCCCUACUCGGUAUGCAAUGGGGCGGUCUCAACCUUCCCCACGGUGAGCCCGUUGAUGUAUGGGCUGGCCACAGCGCUCAUUUCUCCCAAACUGCUCGUCCCGGCUUUCAUUGGCAACCGGUUGCGUGUACUGUCGGAAAAUAAUGAGGAGAUGAGUGCGGGCUCGAAGGCCGUCAAUAUUUGCAGCAUCAUUGUUUCGAUAUCGAUUGGAAUUUUCACUGGUCUAUAUAUCUAUCGAAGAACUUUGGCCCGGGCCAAAGAGUUAGAAGCCAAGGAAAGGGAGGACAUCCGGCACUCGCUCCAGGCUGACCACGCAGCCCGUCGUCCCCAUGGUGCAUUCUCCGAGGACCCGGAUGUUGACAUCGCGGCCACCACCCUUGCGCGCGACGAAGAAGCACAGAUCGGAUUCACCGAUCUCGACGACGACCACGUGGACCUCGCGAUUGACGACGAGAGCGGCAGUGAGACCUCCCCCCACCGUACCAAAGCCACACCGUAUCGUGACGAGUUUACCGACAAUGAUUCAGAUAUCUUCCGGGACGGAGACGGGGCCAGUGAGGAGAUGUAUACCCUCCAUACACACAUGCGGAAGCCUUAGGGUCCCUAGGUCAACCUGGCCAGUUGAUGGACCUGGGAGCCUACGUGAUAGAAACUGCUCUUACGAGUGAUGACAGCGACCCUGCUGGAUGGGCAUGACGGUUUAUGGAUAACCUUUGGU